CACAGUCGCUCUCCAGCUGCAGCUUCCUCUCACUUCUACUUUGUCUCGUUAGCUAACAGGAAGUGCUAACGCCGCAUAUUUCACUCGUAAACACUUCCCGGACGUCGCUGCACAGUUUAUUACAGUUUUUAAUUUCAGAAGCUAUCGGGUGAUCUUAUUAAUUCUUUUUUUGGGGACUUCACGAGACAGCGUCGAAUUGCUGUCAUAAAGCUAAUCUUAGCUCGGAAGCUAGUGGCAGCGAGUCGCUUCAUCUCCAGGGGAUGAGUCUCCGCAGUGUUCUGGGUUCUUCGUGUUUUUGAAAGCUGCUGCUGCCGACAUGGUUCUGACCCUGGUGCGUCUCUGUGCCCGGGAGGUGGUGAGCGACCACAGCUCGUCGCCCGGCUGGUUGCGGUGGGUGCCGAGCGAGCUGUUCGCGCCGCUGCUGGAGGCCGCCUUCUGCAGCUGCAGACCGCUGGCCGUGGGGGAGCUGGUGCAGCGGUGGCCCGAGAGGAGCCUGCGGGUCGGCGGGCGCAGGAGACCGGGGCAGGCCGGUCCCAACAGACUCUGCAUCCAGGCGCUGCUGCUCGCGGUGGUCAGAGGCCUCUCGGACCGAAGAUGUGCUAUGCAGAUACUGGACCUCUGUGGGCUCCAAGGAGAUGAAGGAGGGAUGGGAGACCCGAUGGGGGGCUGGUCCCUGACUGUGGCUCUCUGCACCAUGGUCGUUCAGGCCAGAGCUGGAGCGCGGAAGCAAAAGAGGAGAGAAGGAGAACGGGAGAGAAAAAGGUUCUCCGCCCUGGAGAGAGACGAGGAUAUAAAAAGAGAGAGGGGACAGUAUAAGAAGGAGCAAGAACCCGAUGGAGAUGACGAAAGUAGUGACACAGAGAGGAUGACAUUGUCGGGAAGUGCAGGUGAUGAGGAAAUUAAAGGAGUCAGGAGGAGGAUGGAGCGAGAGAGGCAAAGAGACGGCCCAUUGGCAGGGUUAGGAGACAGCAGAAGGGAAAAUGAGGAAAAAGAACUAGGAAGUAACGUGUUGGUGCAUGUGAGAGCUGAUCUCUUUGUCAAUGCACGGUCGUGGGAGCGUGUGCGCGGGGCCCUCAACUCAUCAGGACCCCUGAAGCUCCAGUGCCGUUACCUUCGUGUGGAGGAAAUCACCGUGUCAAGUAUCAGGACUCUGCUCGACCUUCUGCCUCACCAGGGCCUCCUGGGCGUGGACGUUCGCUACAGCAGCCUCGGCGUGGCUGGUCUGGCUGAGCUGCUGCCUCUGCUCUCCACCUUCCCCGCGCUGCACUCCCUUCGGCUGCACUACUGUAACCUGGACUUUCGUCGGGACCACCCAGGCCAAGAUGAGGCCCUCAGGGACUUAUCACAGGGUUUGGCACAACUGCAAGAGCUGCGGCGCCUCAGCCUCACAGCACUGCGCCUGCCAGGACAACUUCGUGUGCUGCUCAGCUCGCUGCCUCAGCCUCUGACGAUCCUGGAGCUUCCCUAUUUGAGCCUGACCCCAUCGGACCUGGCCUAUCUGUCCUGCAGCCACCAUGCUGCCACACUGCAGCAGCUGGAUCUGAGUGAGAACCGUCUGGAUGAGACCACCCUGCCCUCUAUCCGCCGCCUCCUCUCUCAGACCUCCGGCAGCCUGCAGCACCUCUCUUUAAGCGGCUGUGGCCUGACUGACGGCCUGCUGGGGCUCCUACUGCCCUCACUGGGAGGCUGCAGGGCCCUCAAGAGCUUAGCUUUGGCCCUGAACCCGCUCUCCGUAUCUGGUCUCACGGACCUGGUGAGGAUGGCUGUUCGAAUGCCGUCCCUCCGUCAGCUUCUGUACCCUAACCCCCUGGAGGACUACCAGCCGGGCCUCCCCGACCUGCCCUCCAGUGCUCAGCUCUUAGACUGGCCACUGGAUGAAACGACAGACAUCAGUAUGACCAGCAGCCAUCUCAACAGGGUGGUCAAAGACAGUGGACGCACUGACCUCUCUCUGACUUGUGACCUGCUCAAUUAUGAUAAAGACUUGGUUGACUAGAGCAGAAGUUAGGAGACGCUCUCUCACCAACAUACAUGAGCAAAUUACUUUUCCAAGGCCCAAUAAUCUCCAAAUCAACAGGUUUGUUCUUGUUGGCGUCGUGAUCAUCACAUGGUUCAAUAGAUGACAACAAUAUUUAAAAUGUAAAUAUUGGCCUGGUGGCCGAGUUGAAGUUUGUUUCCUCUUGGAUUGAGGACCGGACAGAUUUGAAGAUGGAGAUGUAAACAGAACGUUUCACAUGAGUCAAUUCAGUUGUGUAAAAAAACUAAUAAUUAAUUUAUCAUCUGGUUACCAUGAUCAUUUUGGAUGAUAAGUUUAACUUGCCUGCCUGGUCGAAGGUUAUUUGCCCUUGUGCCUUUUACAUCAGUGGCCAACAUUAUUGUGUGUAUAAAUCAUUUUCUUUAAAUGGUAAAUUAAUGUAACUAUAAGAUACUUGGGAUUAUUUUACAUUUUAUUCUUUUUAUCUGCUUUGUUCACUAAGUCGUGUACUCUCGUGUACUUUGUGCUGCUCGAUAUAUUCCAUGCUACAAUUUCUUCAAUAUCGGUUUUAAAAACGUUCGGUGCUUUUUGUAAUAAUUUCAUUUGUAUAUUGAGUCAAACAGCGUCACUUCUAUCAGGGAGUGAAUGUACCAAAUUGACCUUGUAUAACAUGAAUGGAUUUACAUGCUGUAAGUUACUGAAUAA